CCUCCUCUCCCAAGCAGUCUCCCUUCCCCUGCCCGACUACCUACCGCACGGCCUUCACCCACUACCUGGACAUUGUGACCCCCCCGCGCACGCACAUCAUCCAGGCCCUGGUUCAGUCGGCUCCCGAGGGGUCCCCCUCGCGUGGGCACCUCCAGGCCCUCCUCUCGCCCGAGAGCAAGGAGGAGCUCAACCGCUAUCUGAAUGUGGACUACCGGUCGCUGGCCGACAUUCUCCUGCAGUACCCGGACAUUCGGCCGCCGGUGGACCUGAUCCUGGAACUGCUGCCCCGUCUGCAGUGCCGUUACUACUCGAUCGCCACCUCGAGCCGGGUCAGCCCGGAUACCGUGGCCAUUUGCGCCUCUCUGACGGAGUUCACCACCAACACCGGGCGCCAGGUGACCGGUGUGGCCACCGGCAUGUUUGCCAACAUCAAGCCCGCCUUCGAGGCUGCGGUGGCCGCUGGCGAUCCCGCCUCGGUGGCCUUCCCCACCAUGCCGGUUUUCAUUCGGAGCUCCUCCUUCAAGCUGCCGGCUCUCUCCACCCGUCCGGUUCUGAUGAUUGGCCCUGGCACCGGUGUGGCUCCCUUCCGUGGGUUUGUCCAGGAGCGCCUGUACCAGCGUGACAAUCUCAAUCGCGAGGUCGGCGAUACGGUUCUCUUCUUUGGCGCCCGUUUCCCGGAGGAGUUCCUCUAUGAGGAGGAGUUCCGCGCGGCCGAGGAGUCCGGCCUCCUGGAGCUGCAUGUCUGCUUCUCGCGCGUGCCCGGCACUCAGCACAAGUAUGUGCAGCAUCUGCUGGAGGUCCACCGCGAGCGCGUGUGGGAUCUCAUCCAGCGCAAUGCCCUCAUCUAUGUGUGUGGCGAUGCCAAGAACAUGGCUCGCGAUGUCAACCGCAAGUUUGUCGACAUCGCCCGCGACCUCGGGGGCUUGACCGAGGAGGAUGCCGUGAACUUUGUCAAGAAGCUUCGCAGUGACGCCCGCUACUUCGAGGAUGUCUGGACCUAA